AUGACCGAAAAUCUCGUACACGAUUGGAGACGAUUCCUAAACAUGAGAAUGAGCACGCAUUUUUCCGAAGCACUUUUAGUCCAUAUUGCCCUUCAACACACUCUCUUGCAAGGUCAGAAGGAGCGGCCGUUCUUCUUCUACUUCUCAUUCCCACAAGUUCACAGCGCCCAGUUUGCAAACGCUGAUUUUCGUGGUUCAUCCGUUCGAGGCAUCUAUGGCGAUUCAAUUAAUGAAAUGUCAUGGGCAGUUGGCGAAGUUCUGAAUAGUCUUGUCAAAGCUGGGAUAGCCGAGAACACCCUUGUCGUAUUGAUGAGGAAAAUCAAAUUCGUACGAAAAGGUCGGCUUUUUAGAAUUCCAUUCAUCGCUUGGCAGCCAGGUACAGUGAAAGCCGGGCGAGUGUCGAACGAAGUCAUUUCAAGUAUGGAUCUGUACGCAACGUUCCGAGAAAUGCAGACAUGCCCAUUCAGGAUUCACUAUCGAACGUCUCCUAUAUUCUUCAACGAUACGAUGGAUCCUAAUCUUCCAUACUUCUGUCCAAUGGGAAACCUCGAGCGGACUGGUACGUCUCACAGACAUGCCCUGACGAGCAGCUUAUUUUGCACAAUCCUCCUCUGGUCUUUGAUCUCGUUAAAGAUCCUUAUGAACGAUUUGCACUCGAGGAAAGCAACUAUGUGCUGUGGAGCACUCGGAGCCCAAUUGUUAAGGGAACAUCGCGAGUCAUUAAUACCAGUUCCGAACCAACUUGGUCAUUUCAACAAGCAACUCACGCCAUGCUGCAAUCCACCGUCAUGUCAAUGUGAUAAAAUCUCUUAUCGGCGGAAUGAGAACGCGCGAGACGCGCUGUUCGAUCAAGAGCAACUGCAGUCUGACUUUUUGGAGUCGUUAUAG